AGUUCUAUUAUUUUAGGCAGAAAAAAACGUAUGUGAAUUAAAAAAAUAAAAUGAAAAAUGAGAAUACAAAAAUAAAAAAAAAUAUGCAUAAACAAAAGUAAAUCUUCAAAAUUUCCAAUUUCUACAAUUCUAAAUCCGCAUCACGCACCAGUUAAACAAAAAUCUCAGGGACGGACGAUAUUCUGGCCGAGGAUUCUCCAUGUCGAAGCCCACGGGAGCCGAGCUUUGUCACUGAAUCCCGAGUUUAGCCGCUAGACCGUGUUCAGAUCCUCAUGAGCCGUUUUUCAAGCAUUUUUCUACACAAAUUUCAGAUCAGGUUUCAAAUUACAAUGAGCUUAGUGGGGUCUGAGCUUUAAUUCUAAAGAGAAGACAAGUUGAUUUGCAAGGUUAGGUCACUAUUUCAUUACUGUUGAAAUUUUAAUUUUCCAAGGCUUUUCUUUGUUCCAGUUGGAGUAUUUGAUUGCUGGGAUUUGUUUCUUUGGUUGCUUAUAUUUGAGUAUCUCCUCUUUGUUUAGGUAUGAAUUGUUUGAGUGUGCUAGAUUGUUAGUUUGGGCUUUAUUGUUCAUCAGGCUUUACAAUUUUUGUAUUUCAUUGUUUAUUUGUGAUCUUUUUAUUUAUUGAUUCAAAGUUUUAGGACAAGCUAGAUAAGGGACAUGAUAUGCUAUACAAAUAAUAUUGGUAAAGUUUCUUUGAUUGGAAAGGGGUCUAGAAAACAAGAGUACUGACCUCAGAUAAUCUUCAACUUUUUUCGUCUUUAUGCUAAAUUGGUUAAGAAAAAGAUUAGCUAGCUAGUUUGAACUCUAGCCUAGAAAGUUAGAAACGUAUACUAGCUAGAUCACGUUGGCUUACACAUGAAGGUAGUCAUUAUACUAGAAUGACAUUAUCAGUUUUGGGUUAAUAUGUUAUAGCUUUGAGAUGGACCUUUCCCAUUGUAUUGGUAAGGCGGUCCAUAAGAACAAAAAUUAUUCCUGUCCUUAGCUCCUUGCUCCCCUGCCAUCUAUUAGGUGUUUGAAAAAAAUGCCUUAAUUUAGUUAUGAAGUACAUUUUAAUGAAAUGCCUUAGUGAUCAUUUUCAUUCAAGAAUUCAAUGUAAUUGACUAAUGGGUAUCCAUGGCACUAUUUUAGAAUACCUUGUUACUUUUUUUAGUCUACUUGUUGAUGUGCUCCCGGUUGUUAUUAAUUCAUAACAGUAUGUAUUUACCUUGGGAACUAUAUUUUUUAUGACGAUGUGCUGUGCAUGUUAAAAUGGCUUUUACAAAUAUGCUCAUUGAUAUCGUUAUGCCUGUGAACAAUAUGUAUAAUUAUAAUGAUGUCUAAUCUGUAAUCUUUUUAGGAGGAAGAUGUCAUUUGAUCUAAUUUUGCAGAAAUUAGAAAGAAUAGAAAAUGAGUAACAAAAUGGUCCAAACUUGCUAUAACAAGAACACAUUGGAUCUCCUCUCAAAAAAAAAAAAAAAAAAAAAGAGAACAUAUUGGAUCAGUAAUCAUGGAACGAGUGGAUAACGUGAAGAAAUAGGUUACCUCACAAAUAGGAAGGAUUCAAAGCUAUAAAUUGUUUUUGGGCAAUUAGAAAUUUGGAAAAGAACACGGCAUGGAUCUUGUUAAUCUUUCCACAUUGCAGCUUAGAAGACCCAAUCUUUGUGGAAUCUUCACAUUGCCAUCUACAAAUAUGCACGGUAAAAUUACAUUUGCUACAGAUUUGACUUUGAAGCCAUUGGUUGUUAGUGCCAGGGCAAAUACCAGAAAGGAAAGUCCGAAAAUUCGAAAUAGAAGAAUGCAAAAGAAGUUUAAUGGCACUUCUACAAAACCGAGACUUUCUGUAUUUUGUUCAGACAAGCAGUUGUAUGCUAUGCUGGUAGAUGAUCAAAAUAAGAAGUGUCUGUUUUAUGGUAGCACCCUGCAGAAAUCAAUACGUCAGAAUCCCCAUUUUAGCACCAUUGAUGCUGCUAAACGCGUUGGUGAGGAGCUGAUCAAGACUUGUAGUGAUCUCAACAUACAUGAAAUUUCAGUUUAUGAUUGCAAUGGCUUGGCUCGUGGUGAAAGAAUGCAAGCUUUUGAGAUUGCAAUUUGCAGUUACGGUUUUUUGCCCAGAUGAACUGUGUUACUGAUGCAUAUAUUGUAAGUCAUACUAAAUUUAAUUAUUGUAUUAUUUUGCUACAGUUUAUCCAAGUAUAUCAGUAGUAAGUGUUAUUCCACGAAGAUUGCGUUUGGUUGGUGUUAAUAUUCUUUUAUUUAGUUGUAUUUUAAAAUAUUAGAAUGUUAUUCUACUAUAUUAAAAAAAUAAUUAUUCUAUUUUAAAAUAAAAAAAAAGAACAUUACAUAAAAAAA